AUGAUCCAAAGCCGUCCGUUGGACACGGCGGGCCGUCCCGAGGACGACGCCGGCAAUGUGUUGGUGACCUUCUUCACGACCACCUUUGCCAAGGCCGCGCCGGAGCAGACCUUUUCGGUCCCCCUCAACGUCCUUCCGGAUGGGCUGAACCAACUGCUCAAGAGCGUCCUCGCCGUGGCGGACGUCGACUUCGACUUUCUCUACCAGGACGAGUACAUCUCGACGUCGCUAUCGCGUUUUAUGCGGCGCCGCGGGGUGGGGGUGGAGGGGCUGCUCGCGCUGGAGUACAGCCCGGCCCUGCGGGCGGCGGAGGGCCCCCUGCGGCCGCACGACGACUGGGUCAGCGCCGUCCGCGCGCCCUACGGCGGGGGCGGCGAGGUCCUCCUCACCAGCUCCUACGACCACGGCGUGCGGGUGUGGGAGGGGGAGACCUGUCUCGCCCUGGGGUCCUUCCACCGGGAGUGCGUGAAGGAGGUCUGCAUCCACUCCAUGCUGGGCCCCGCGGGGGGGGGCGCGAAGGGCGAGACGCGGAAGCGGGACCGCCCGGCCGCCGCCCUGGGGGAUUUUCUUUUCGUCAGCGCCGGCAAGGACGGCAGCCUGGCGUCCUGGCGGUACCGCGAGGGCUCCGGGGGGGUGGAGCUGCUCGGGAGCAUCCAUGCCCACCGCGAUGGCGUGGACGCGGUGGAUGUCCUCCCGGUCGAGGGCCGCCUCGUCGCGAGCGCCUCGUGGGACGCGACGGUGAAGGUUUUUAACUGGGCGGAGCAGCUCCAAAGCGGGGAUGGGCUGCCCUCGACCAAGGCCCCGGUGCUCACCUUCACGGACCACACCCGCCCCGUCCUCGCCUGCCGCUUUUCCCAGGCCCACUACUGCGGCGCCGUCCACCUUCACUCGGCCGGGCUGGACGGCAACCUCAAGACCCUCGACCUCACCUCGGCCGAGAUGGUCCGGCAGUUUAAGGGCGACCACCCCAUCAACGGCAUCGCCGUGAAGCCCGGCGGGGGGGAUUCCGACCUCAUCCUCGCCGCCUGCACCGAUAACCGGGCCCGGCUCUACGAUACGCGCGGGAAGGAGGUGGUGAAGACCUUCGGGGGGGCCCGCCAGUGGCUCUACGCGGCGACGUGGCUUUGGCGGCGCGAGGAGGCCGAGACCGCCGCGACCGCGAACCUCUUCGCCACGGGCGGGGAGGACGGCGCGGUGCGCGUCUACGACCUUCGCUCGACCACCGCCGCCCUUCUCACCCUCGAUAACCUCCACACCGAUGGGGUCUUGGACGUCUCCUACGCCGGGGGCUCCACCAUCGUCUCGGGCGGGAAAGACAACCGAACCCAAUCCUUUACGGUCUCGAAAGAAACCAUCGCUUAA